CCAAUAUGGCAACUUUCUGCAUUGUUCUUCCCUGCUUUACUGGUAGUCGAGUCUCUCUUUCAAUGUUUGUUCCUUAUCAGGUUCCGUAGUCGCGCUUUUAGGAGACGAGCACAUAAAGUACCCGAAAUGUCCGAGAAAGGUGAAGUGGAUCUGACUGGAGCUAAACAGAAUACAGGAGUUUGGUUAGUGAAGGUUCCAAAGUAUUUAGCGCAACAGUGGGCCAAAGCGGCAGGAAGGGGUGAAGUAGGAAAGCUAAAAAUUGCAAAAAAUCAUGGUAAAACUGAGGUAUCUUUCACUCUUAAUGAAGAACUUGCUAAUAUCCAGGACAUUGGUGGAAAACAAGCCUUAGUCAGUGCACCCAGAGAGCACCCCUUUCAGCUGCAGAAUGUAGGGGGACAAACACUAACAGUCUUAACUGAAAGCUUACCAGAUGAACGUUCAGAAGAAAAAUCUGAGGGCAGUAUCCAUGAAAAACUCGCCCUAGAAGGAAUUGUGGUACAGCGAGCUGAAUGCAGACCAGCAGCCAGUGAGAGCUACAUGAAGCUGAAAAAAUUGCAGAUUGAAGAGUCAAUCAAACCAAUGAGACUGUCACAGCAGCUGUCUAGUGUUGUCACACACAAUUAUAAACCAGUUGCAAACCACAAAGCUAAUAUUGAAUAUGAAAAGAGGAAGAAAGAAGAUGGGAAACGGGCUCGUUCUGAUAAGCAGGAUGUGUUGGACAUGCUUUUUUCAGCAUUUGAGAAGCACCAGUACUACAACAUCAAGGACCUGGUUGAUAUUACUAAGCAACCAGUGAUAUACUUGAAGGAGAUAUUAAGAGAAAUUGGCAUUUACAAUGUGAAAGGAACACACAAGAACACAUGGGAGCUGAAACCAGAGUACAGACAUUACCAAGAGGACAAAAGCGAUUAGGGACCAUUAGUGAACUGCAAGAGUGUGUUUAUAUGGAGUAAAUUGCUCACUCUUUAAUCUAGCAAAUGUUUAUUUCAGAAUGAAUGACUGAAUAUAUUUCAGUAAAGUUUUACUCUUAUUUUAAGUAUGUUGUUUUUCCUGAAUUGUUUUUAAGUCAGUUUUUGUCAUCUGAAUAAAAGCAAUGGAUCUUCUUGUAA